ACGAACUCGAACCAGCCCCUUGCAUACCUUGCACAAUCCAGGUCAUCAUUCGGUAUAUUACUCGUCUGGUCUUUCCUGGAAUCCAGUAUCCCAAGCUCGACAGCUGGGUAAAGUUGAUUUCAGAGCCGCAUCAGGUACGCCAUCUGGCGGCAGAGUACUUCCAGAUCGUACGCGAGUCCACCUACCAUUCUAACGCAACACCAUCGCGUUCGCGACCGCGCCGUUGAUCUGUAAUAUGUUGCACAACGGUAAUACACCAUCAGCUUUACUCUACGGCCCUAUAACGCCAGUCAUGGAGUUCUCGCACGAGCCGAAAGACAUCUACCACUCACAGAAUUCUUUCCUCUCAUCCGGUCUACUUACGCCAUCGACACCUGUGUACGAAGGGCGACGAGAUUCUAUCGUCUCAACACAGUCAUAUGCACAGAGCUACGGCUCGGGGUCGUUUUACUCCCCUAAAACGCCCCCGACUCCCAUAUCGCAAAGAGAUCCUGCAACGGAAGACUUCACCUUCGUUCAUGCUGUAUCGAGUUUCGACGGUACCGCUGUUAGCGCCAGCGAAGACGUUUUUUGUGAAUGCAUCUCUGAGGUCCCAACGCCUUUGCCGCAGUCAAUGCGAGGUAUGGAGAAUCACUCGCCUUUCCCCCAGGAAUGGGUCUAUGUUCAGCAACAGAAUCAGUACCCGAUACGCCAGGGAAUACUGCAUUCAAACGACAGUUCACCUGCGGCAAGAGACCUUCCAUCAGCAUUCAACGCACUGCUGGGUCCUCAAGCACAGGCCCAACCCAGUGUCGGGGGCCUGCCCGAUUCGAAUUCCUGGUCCAUAUAUUCGAACAAUGCUCACGGCAUCCCAGAUGCUGGACCCCAUGAUCUGGGAUACUCGUAUGCCCAUCCACCGAGCCUCUCCAACAAUGUCCAGGUCGAUCAGUGGCCAGCCAGCACGUCGGGGCAGGUAUUCCCUUGUAUUGGUGCCACGAACACAAUCCGACCCGAGCACUCCGUGUUCGAUAUGGAGGAUGGAUCUGCAUACAUCCCAAUGCAACCUGAUAGUUUUGAUGAGAGCUUUAGCUCUUACGAUACCUGUUCCUCGCCAAUGCUUCAUUCCCAGCAGGACUCGUAUCCAGAUAUCCCGACUGAAGAUUACCCUCAGGUCAAAACAGAGGAGUCCGACGCUGAGGAAUAUGACAUAAAACCCCAACGGAGGAUUUACGAAUCGCCUACCGGUGGCAAAGGUGUAAAGAAAGAGCACAGAGUCUCGAAAAAGAAACCGAAGAGGGGAAAGACCAAAUCGUUUAUCUCCACACUUCAAACGGGCGACGUGCAAGUGCAAAUGGAGAGAGACAUUGAGAGAAGUGUGGACGGCAAAUAUUACCGCCGUCAUGGAGGUGAUCAAAAGAAGCUUCCGUGUGAAUUUGAGGGCUGUGACAAGACAUUCGCGCGACCGGAGCAUAAGAAACGGCAUGAACAGACACACGAGAAUCUUAAGCUCUACGAGUGUGCAAUUUGCGAAAAGCCUUUCAACAGGCAUGAUAAUUGCCUUGCGCAUUACAUCACACAUGUGAUGCGCGUAGAUGGCAAGUCAAAACGAAAUAAGCCAUACCCUCUCUCGGAGAUGGAAGUCAUGAUCCGACGCAGAUUGCGAAAGAUUGGAAGACACGAAGAAGGAGAGAAGAUCAUCGAAUGGAUCCAGAACAAGAUUCUGGGGGAGGCGGAUCAAAAGCCAGCAAAAAUGGCAGUUCGAGCGUCUCUUUGAGCAGUCCUAUGCCUGUGGAGGUAAUUUGACGCAUUUUCGGAUGCCCUUACUAUUUGUUGUUUUCGCUAUUAGUAGGAACGGAAGACACACUGUGUCGGUUUCGGUUUGGCCGCUUUGGCAGAAAUUCUUCAUGUAUUGGACUUUGUUUGCGGAUAUUUGUACUCAACGAGUCAUGGAGUCGCGACGGAUGUUAAUGGUGUCGGAGAUACGAUAAUGUAACAAUUGGUUUGGAUGGAUCACUCAAUAGCAAAUAGGUUUUUGAUGCAGAUGGCAAGUGCUGCGAUGGUGACGGUGAGAAGCGCGUGCGGAGAUAGUUUCACGACGUUGACGUUGGGGAAUCUUCACCUUUGUACGACACCUGCGGCGCUAGUCGGCUUAGUCAUCCACGAUAUUCAAAUGAACAAACAUAACCA